UGUUUCGGUUUUUCCUGCUUUGCACUGCCACUUGUCAGAAGACCGUGGUGGUAGAAAGUACAGACUGUGACUUUUGAAAACAUAACACAUUACUCUAGUUAGAAGGCUGGAUUUGUUUCAUUUUUGCAACCAACGUUCAUUAUUCUUUCAUACCAACACCUUAUUGGAUCUAAUUGGAUGAGAAACCCAACAACAUUCAAGCAGUGAAUCAGGAUGGGGAAGGGUCAGCUGUUGACCUGAAGUGUUUCUUGGUCCCUCUGAAGGUUGCACUUCAAAACUUGAUCUCUGACCAACAUCUCAACCCCCCCCCCCCCGUCGUCGUCGUGGCGUCAGGAUGGAGGAGCAGUCCAGUUGCCCAAACGUCAGCAUCCCCUGCUACAACGAGCAGAGGGACAAGAAGAAACGCUACACCGUAUACAAAGUGAUGGUCAGCGUUGGAAGACAUGAGUGGUUUGUCUUUAGACGGUAUGCUGAGUUUGACAAGCUCUACAAUACGCUGCGGAAACAGUUUCCAUCAUUAAACUUGAAAAUCCCUGCUAAGAGAAUAUUCGGAGAUAAUUUUGAUCCAGAGUUUAUUAAGCAACGAAGAACAGGGUUACACGAGUUCAUCCAGAGACUUGUCUCCCACACUCAACUCAGCAACCACCCUGAUGUCAGAGCGUUCCUGCAGAUGGACAAAUCACAGAACUUCUCUGAUGCUUCUGAGGAUGAGGAUGACAAGAACAGCUCUGGCUCCAGAAAUAUUAACCUGGGACCAUCUGGAAAUCCACAGGCGAAACCCACAGACUUUGACUUCCUGAAAGUCAUAGGCAAAGGGAGCUUUGGAAAGGUUCUUCUGGCUAAACGGACCCUGGACGGGAAGUAUUACGCAAUCAAGGUCCUGCAGAAAAGAGUCAUUCUCAACAGGAGAGAGCAAAAACACAUCAUGGCCGAGCGCAACGUGCUGCUGAAGAACGUGAGACACCCCUUCCUAGUCGGGCUUCAUUAUUCCUUUCAGACGACAGACAAGCUGUACUUUGUCUUGGAUUUUGUCAAUGGUGGAGAACUUUUCUUUCAUCUUCAAAAAGAGCGGACUUUCACAGAACCCAGGGUGAAAUUCUACAUUGCUGAAAUGGCCAGUGCACUGGGAUACCUGCAUUCACUUGACAUUGUUUACAGGGAUUUGAAGCCAGAAAAUAUCCUUCUUGACUUUGAAGGACACAUUGUGUUGACAGACUUUGGUCUGUGCAAGGAGGGCAUCUCCCAAGCCGAGACCACAUCCACCUUCUGCGGGACACCCGAGUAUCUGGCUCCAGAGGUACUGAGGAAGCAGCCGUAUGAUAACACCGUGGACUGGUGGUGUUUGGGCUCGGUGCUGUAUGAGAUGCUUUUUGGCCUGCCGCCAUUCUAUAGCAGAGAUACACACGAGAUGUACGAUAACAUCCUCCACAAGCCUCUGUUGAUGCGCCCUGGGGCUUCAAACACCGCUUGGUCCCUGCUACAGGCCCUGCUAGAGAAGGAUGGUGCCAAGAGACUGGGCUCCAGAGAUGACUUUAUUGAGAUCAAAGCGCAUGACUUCUUUUUUUCCAUCAACUGGGACGACCUGGAACAGAGGAAGAUUCCACCUCCCUUCACACCCAACGUGAAUUCUCCUUAUGACAUUACAAACUUUGAUCCAGAGUUCACGGAUGAAACUGUUCCAAACUCAGUUUGCCACUCUACUGACUAUUCCAUAGUCAAUGCCAGCGUCAUGGAGGCCGACGAUGCAUUCCUGGGAUUCUCUUAUGCCCCGCCUUCAGAUGACUCAUUCUUGUAAAACACACGGUUCCAGCGAUCUAUCACCUUGCCUUAUCCUGUCUUGAUUCGUUUGAAUAAAAGGGAAGAAUUCAUCAUGUGGAUGAACCCAUUAUGAGAAGCCAAAGCAAGAAUUUAAGAUGAGUUCGCAUUUGAUGGGUGAUUUUGGGUGUCCAGUAACCUUUAUUUUUACCUUAUUCUAUUUAUAUAACAGAUUCUAUUUUUAAGAAAUGUGUGCCAUCAUUCGUGAUAUGCAUUUUGGUUUCCGCUCCCUUGUUUAUCCUGGAAAAACUGACCCAAAAUGUAUUUAUUGAUAACAGAAAAAUGAGCUAAUGCUUAUAAAAGAACAUUCCUCUUUGCAGUAGACAAGGUUUACAAAGUUGUGUACUUCAAAAGUUGAACUAAAAACACUGAAACGUUAUUAUUUUCCUCAUUUGCCCAGAAUUAUAAUAUGUGGACUAGUUCUGUUUUCCCACUACGAUCAUUGAUUCAACUUUCAGUGGUGAAUUAGUGUCUUUUGCUGGGGAGUUGAAAUUGGAAAUACUUGAGGUCACUUACAAUCGCCAUAUGUCGACAGGUCAUUUUAAUGCGUCUAUACUUUGUGAUACAGAUUUUCUGUAUGGUUAUGUCAGAAAAAAAUGUUUGCAUAUUUGUUAGUUUUCCUGCAUGUAUAUUUGCUUAUUCUCUCUCGUGCCUUAAUUAACACAAAUAUAGUUUUAACAGAAAAACUUAAAAUGUAUCUUUUACAGACUCCACUCAACUGUAUAAUGCCCCGGCUCAACAUUGUAUCAGUACUGUACUGUAAAAUAAAAGCAAAAAUAUAAAUUCGUUGAACUUUGAACAAA